GAACCAGAGUGAUAAGCUGAGCUGAGAGAGAAGAAACGGAAAGACCCACCUGAGAAAGAUGAGGCCAGCAAGCAAAGAACCAAAGCGGCGUAGCCGCCCUUCAUCUCCGUUAAGGGACCGAAACCGAACCUCGCCGCCGCCCAGGUCUCGUUUCUCACCACCACGAGUCUCUCUUCUCGAUGACGUCACCGACGACUUCGCUAACAACCCACGAAGCUUCCCGCACAGCGUGAAGAAGCAAUGCUGGGAGAAGGCGGAGAAGAUCAAAGGGCGGGACCCAGAUCGCUGGCGGCGGGACCCGCUCGGGAACACCGUGUUCCGGAAGCUCGUCGGCUGCCCCGGUUGCUUAUGUCAUGAUUACGAUCACAUUGUGCCUUACUCUAAGGGUGGAGAAAGUACGCUUGAAAAUUGUCAGGUUUUACAGGCAAAAGUGAACAGAUCAAAAGGAAAUCGAACAGAGUAUUCUAGAGCUGAGCUCAUUCAGAAAAGUUCUUACUGUCGGGUUUCAGGUCGCGAUAUGGAUCUAAUUGAACUGUCAGCCUAUGGCAAUGUCCGUCCUGCACGAGAAGAUUCAUACUGUCCGGUUCCAGGUCGCGGUGUUGAUCUGAUUGACUUGUCAGCCAAAGGCAACAUCCGCAAUGCACAAGAGUUUUGGGGAUGUACAAUCCAAUAAUCUGUUGUGUAAGCUCUAAGUUCAAACAUGGAGACCGGAAAACUAGGUUUCAGCCAUAUUUGUAUCAAGCUGCAUAGAAUGUCAUUCAGUGAUUGUAAGACGAGCUGUAUGAGACAAAUGGACAGUCCAUUUGCAAAUCCUCACGCACAAGGUUAGCUAUCUGUAAAGUGAAAAUCAUAGCUUGUUGAUUACACUUGUGAUGGCUGUAUGCAUGUUCACGAUAAAUGAAAAUUCUUCCUUGACAAA